UGUUUGUGCACUCUUUUUCAAUUUGUACACUUCCCCUUUAUGCGUGACGUUCCACUUUUUUUGAAAAAGAAAAAAAAUAAAUUGCCGAUAAUCCUUUUAACCCCUCUUUUUUUUAAAAAAAAUUGGAGUAACCCUCCACCAAUUUUGCAGAAAUCUGUCAACUUGUUUUUUUCUCCGCUAUUUUUUUUUUUUUUUUUUUCUCUCUUUAGAUGAUGAGUGAAAGUACAGCGGAUAUAGCAGAGAGAACAGCAGAUGCAAGACGAGAAGCCGAGAAACUCAAAGAAAAGAUUAAACAACGUAAAGAAACGUUGGCAGAUACCACACUGUGUCAAGCAGCUCAAAGUGUGGAAAGACUACCUCGAUUAACACUUAAAGUACGACGUACACUCAAGGGACAUUUAGCUAAAAUCUACGCUAUGCAAUGGGCCACGGAUAAACGACAUUUGGUCUCUGCCUCACAAGACGGUAAAUUAUUGGUCUGGGAUGCCUUCACCACCAACAAGAUCUAUGCUAUCCCUUUACGUUCUUCCUGGGUCAUGACAUGUGCCUAUGCUCCUAGUGGAAAUUUUGUUGCUUCGGGUGGGUUGGAUAAUAUCUGUUCGGUCUUUGCCUUGAGAGAGACGGGUACGAUCAAGCCAGCAAGAGAAUUGACGGGGCAUACGGGUUAUUUAAGUUGUUGCAGGUUUUUAAGUGAUCAUCAGAUUUUGACCUCCAGUGGAGAUACCACCUGUGUUCUAUGGGAUGUGGAUGCUGGUGUCAAGAUUGAAGACUUUACAGAUCAUACGGGCGACGUGAUGAGCCUGUCGAUAUCAUCGAAUCCAAAUGUGUUUGUGUCUGGAGCAUGCGAUGCUACUGCCAAGGUAUGGGAUAUUCGUAGCAAGAAAUGCGUGCAAUCAUUUAGUGGACAUGAAAGUGAUAUCAAUGCAGUCCAAUUCUUCCCUAGCGGCAAUGCAGUCGGUACAGGAUCAGAUGACGCCAGUUGCCGAUUAUUUGAUCUUCGAGCCGAUCGAGAAUUGAAUAUCUUUGCCCAUGAACAAGUGUUUAGUGGUAUUACCUCUGUGGCCUUUUCACUGUCUGGAAGGUUAUUAUUUGGAGGUUAUGAUGAUUAUAAGUGUCAUGUAUGGGAUACCUUGAGAGGAGAAAGAGUGGGUGUCUUGAGCUCACAUGAGAACAGAGUGUCGUGUUUGGGAGUAGCUGCAGAUGGAAUGGCUCUUUGUACGGGAAGUUGGGAUAAUUUAUUAAAAGUGUGGGCCUAAUAAUUUUCUUUCUUUCUCUUUUAAUUUACCCUUCCCCAACUUAUAUUUACCCAAUAAAAUCACACACAAAUUCACGUUUCAGUCCCG